GACAGAAGGUGGUUUUUAAGUUCCCAGCAAGCGGCGGCCCACCCUGCGCACUCUUCCUACCCACCCUCCUCCGCAUCACCUCCCCCGGCUGGUCUUCACCUCUCCUCCUCCCUGGGUGCCCUCCAGUUAAAUGGCCGAUAAGCAGAUCAGCCUGCCAGCCAAGCUCAUCAAUGGCGGCAUCGCCGGGCUGAUUGGGGUCACCUGUGUGUUCCCCAUCGACCUGGCCAAGACGAGGCUGCAGAACCAGCAGAAUGGCCAGCGCAUGUACACCAGCAUGUCUGACUGCCUCAUCAAGACCAUCCGCUCGGAGGGCUACUUCGGCAUGUACCGUGGAGCCGCCGUGAACUUGACCCUUGUCACCCCCGAGAAGGCCAUUAAGCUGGCAGCCAACGACUUCUUCCGAUAUCAGUUCUCCAAGGACGGGCAGAAGUUGACCUUGUUUAAGGAGAUGCUGGCAGGUUGUGGGGCUGGCACCUGCCAAGUCAUCGUGACCACCCCCAUGGAGAUGCUGAAGAUCCAGCUUCAGGACGCAGGACGCAUUGCUGCCCAGAAAAAGAUACUGGCUGCCCAGGCCCAGCUCUCAACACAGGGGGGUGCCCAGCCCUCAGUGGAGGCUCCGGCCGUCCCCCGGCCCACAGCCACCCAGCUUACCCGUGACCUGCUCCGGAGCCAUGGCAUUGCCGGCCUCUACAAGGGCCUAGGGGCCACACUGCUCAGGGACGUCCCAUUCUCCAUCGUCUACUUUCCCCUCUUUGCCAACCUGAACCAACUGGGCCAGUCCGCAUCCGGGGAGAAAUCUCCCUUCUACGUGUCCUUCCUGGCUGGCUGUGUGGCUGGGAGUACGGCCGCUGUGGCUGUCAACCCCUGUGAUGUGGUGAAGACCCGGCUCCAGUCACUCCAGCGCGGGGUCAAUGAAGACACCUAUUCAGGGUUUCUGGACUGCGCCAGGAAGAUCUUGCAGAACGAGGGUCCCUCAGCCUUCCUGAAGGGUGCUUACUGCCGCGCCCUGGUCAUUGCCCCGCUGUUUGGCAUCGCUCAGGUGGUCUACUUCCUGGGCAUCGCGGAGACCCUGCUGGGGCUGCUGCAGCAACCCCAGCCCUGAGCCUGGGACCCCCCCACGCCCACACCAAACAGGACUAGAGUGGGACUGGGGCUGGGCGGCCUGCCCAGGACCGAGCAAGGGAAAGUCUCCUCCUCCCCAUGUGGAUGGGGGAGGCAGAGGAAGGGGGUGCAGGGUCCACACACAUGGGCCCUAAGGGGUCCUGCCUGCACAACCACUGGGAUCAAUGCGUUAUUUACGUAGAAAUCACAGAAAUAUUUACAUUCCUGGAGCCAGCCCUGCCCCAGCUCCAACCUGGCCUAAACACCCCCAGGGACAGAGCUGGUCUCUCAGCUGGGGGCUCCCAGGUGUGUGCUGGGCAAGAUGGGCCCUACUCUCCAGGCUACCAGCCUGUCCCUGAGGCAUAGCCCCUAGCCCACAAAGGGGACCCUGCACAAACCUAUUUAUUAACUAGCUGAGCACAAGUGGCUCUGUCCAGCCCUCCGUCCAUCCGUCCAGCCUCCCAGCUGCUGCUCCUCUCACCUCGGCCAGCCUUGCAGGAGAAUCAGGGUCUCCUGCCCCCCCACAUUGAGCCAGGAAUCCCAGGCGGGGGGGUCACACCGAGUUCUGACUCCCAGGGAACACCCCCCAAAUGUGGGACCCAGCAAUCCUCCUGUGCUCCUCUGUCCCACCCCAGGCUAGGAGCCCAGAGCAAGUAAGGUCUGUGUGCACAUGGGGAUGCUGUGAGGAACUGGUUGUGCCCUCAGCUGGCCUGGCCCCUUGGGGGGGGGGGCGCUGCCCUUCAUACAUGGCCAGGCAGAGUGUGUGUGUGUGUGUGUGUGUGUGUGUGUGUGUGUUCGCGCCCGCGCCAUACUGUGUACACCCUACGCCCCCACUGACCCUGUCCAGAAAUUGUUUCUCUAGUUUGGCCUCUCUUGCUGCACCUGCAGCUGACCCCUCUUCUGUGACCUGCACCCAGGUCUGACUUUGGCCAGUAGGAAGGGCAAGCAUGACCAGUAUGGAGCCUGGGGGCACCUGCUCUGCUUGCAGGGGUCAGGGCCAGGAGCUGCCCCUUCAGGGCCCACCCUGCUCUCUAGGCCUCUGCAUAAAGCCCCUGACCACCCUCUACUGCUCUGCCCUCCUGAUGUCCAGACCCGUCCAUCCAGACCCGUCCACCUUGUGAAUUGAGGCAGGCUCCUGCUAUCCCCCCCUGCCACGUGAUCGUGUUGGUGAUUGGUCCUGAUGUGCUGGUGCUGUGUCCCCUACAACCCAGGCCCCCUCUGAGGAGGCCCCUUCCCAGCGACACUACCUGGGGCUGAGGCCUGGCCCCCAGUUCACGGUUGUACCCAUCACAUCUGUACCUUGGAAGCUGCUGCUGCUGCUUACAGAUUUAUAUUUUUUUCUUUUGAGGAGUUUUAAGAAGUGACAUUUUGUGUCUUGUCAUGUGAGAAGAUAAAUAAAUAUUCUAAGUAGA